UUGCCAAAGGGCGGGCUUGUUCUUGGGACGUGUGUGUGUUUGUGGGAGUAUUGUGACCUAGCUGAGGGACUGGCAACAAACACUGCAGGUACAGCUUGAGCUCAUCAGGGUUUCCGCAUCAAAAGCGACUGGACUUCACUCCAGCAACACCAGACAGCCAUGCCCUUGAGACCAAGGGCUUCCUCUCAACCUGGAAGAGCAAACACCCUUCCAUCUCUUAAAAACAUCCCGGUUCUGCGCCCGAGAGCUUCAUCGUCUCACUCGAAGUCGCCUUUAGAGGAUGAGCUCUCUUGUCCGGUCUGCUGCGAGAUCUUCACCGAUCCCGUGGUCCUGAAGUGCAGCCACAGUUUCUGCCGGCUCUGCCUUCGUCAGUUCUGGAACAGGAAAGCGGCCAAGAGGGAAUGUCCCGUGUGCAGGAGGAAGAGCUCUCUGACGGAGCCCACCGUGAGCCUGGCUCUGAAGAACGUGUGCGACGCCAUCAUACAGGAGCAGAAAGGACAAGCGUCUGCGAGAGCCGGAUCAAAUGCUGCCAACGGGACGUCCAAAUCGGAGGCUCUUUGUGCCAUUCACGGGGAGGGACUCAAAUUGUUCUGCCAACAGGAUGAAGAGGUUCUCUGCUGUGUUUGUCAAACGUCCAAGAAACAUCAAGGCCACAGUGUGUGUCCUUUGGAAGAGGCAGCAAACGAUCUCAAGGAGGAAAUACGGCAGAUUGUCAUCCCACUUAAGAAAAGUCUUAAACUCCUCUAUGAGGCCAAACAAGAAUGUGAUGACAUAACAGUCCACAUCAAGAACCAAAGGGAACAGACAGAGAAACAAAUUCACGAGGAGUUUGCAGAGCUUAAAAAAUUUCUUUUGAAGGAGGAAGCUGCAAGGAUUGCUGUUCUGGCCGAAGAAGAAGAGAUAAAGAAGCAGACGAUGAAGAAAAAAACGGACUUAAUCACUCGUGAUAUACUCAUCUUUUCACAGGCUGUCAUGGCCAUUGAAAAUGAGAUUGCCAAUGAUGACAGCCUCUUUUUACAGAACUACAAGAAUGUCAAAAUGAGAGCUCAGAUAACAUAUCACGAACCAGAAACCAUCCCCAAAUCUCUAAUCGAUGUCGCGGAGCACAUGUCCUCCCUGAAGUUCGGAGUGUGGGAAAAAAUGCAGAGUCUGGUGGAAUUCACUCCAGUGACGUUGGACCCCAACACAGCCUACCCCUGUUUGUCUCUGAGCAAGAAUCUAACAAGUGUGUCCAACACGGGGGUGAUGAAACAGCUGCCUGAUAACCCUGAGCGCUUCGACCACUUUGUUUUUGUACUGGGCUCCAAGGGUUUCACCUCCGGAUGCCAUUCCUGGGAAGUGGACGUGGGCCAAAAUAAUGACUGGGUUAUUGGUGUGGUUAAAGAAUCCAUAGCCAGGAAAGGCAAAAUCUCCGGCUGUCCAGAAGGAGGAUUCUGGACCAUCGCUCUCUCUGAUGGGAAGUACACGGCCAUGACCACCCCGCACACACCACUCAUGCUGAAGGGACGCCUGGAGAGGGUUCGCGUGAAGAUCGACUAUGAUGCUGGAGAGGUCAGCUUCUUUGACCCGGUGGAUGUCACACCCAUCUACACAUUCAAUGACCACUUUACUGAGAGGAUGUUCCCUUUUUUUUGUCCGGGGGCAAAUAUAAAUGGGAACAAUCCAGGGCCACUUAAGAUCUGCCCUGUGAGAGUGGCGGUUUGGAACAGUGCCUCCUGGUGACUGUUCAACAGCUUUGUGUGUUUUUUUUACUACAGUACCAGUCAAAGGUUUGGACUCGAUUACUUAUUCUGUCUACUAUUUUAUCAGAGAUUAGAAUAAAAUGAAAUCAUAAAAUAGCACCAAAUCUUCUAUUUGAUGUUCUUUGAAGUCGCCAUCCAUCUGGGUUCAACUCUGCAUACUCUGGAGUCUGGACAUUCUCAAUUCUGGGAUGCAUGUUCACAUGUAUGCUGGAAACAAGCUAAUCCAAAUUGUCUAUUUUGGGAAAAACCAUAAUAUAAAAUCAUAAUUUUGUAGAAAAAUAAAUUGGACCCUACGUAGUCAUGCAAAGGCCUUAGACACUGUCUCCAAAGUGGAUGUCUUCAAAUUUUCUUCAUCUCAUUUAAUCCAAGAUGGAAAUCAUUAUUUGUGCCAGUGUCUGAAACUUAAACAGUUGGAACCAAAUAUGUGAUUGUGUCUUAAAAACUUGGGCAUCCUAUUUGAUAAUGAGCUUCAAACGGAUAAACAAAUUAAUGCUGUUGUCCAGUCUAGCUUUUUUCAUUCCCGCUUGGACUACUGCAACGUUGCUCUACCAGGGUAUUGAUAAGUAAAUUCUAACUCGGCUGAAGCUAGUGCAGAAUGCCGCCGCUAGACUCUUGA